AUGGUAGCUUGUUUCCUGCCUCCUCCAUUCUAUUCUGUAUCUGGUUUGAGCUCCGAUGGCGAAACGUUACUGUCACUCUCACGCCAUUGGAUUUCUAAACCCCCAUCAGUCGUAUCAACCUGGAAUGCUUCCGAUGCAAAUCCUUGUUUGUGGGUUGGGGUUCUUUGUGAUCGAAACAAGCUCGUAAUCUCUUUGAACUUAUCAAAUUCUCAAAUUUCUGGUGAAUUAGGGCCGGAAAUCUCCCGGUUAACCCAACUAAAAUCAUUGAAUUUGAGUUCUAACCAUCUCUCCGGUCAAAUUCCUUCAUCGAUAAGCAAUUGCAGUCGUCUUCAACAGCUGGACCUGUCGCUCAACGUCCUUACUGGUAAGAUACCAGACAGCUUCGGUAACUUACGUUUGGAAUCGUUGAUUCUUUCUAACAAUUCACUCAAUGGUUCCAUACCGGAAUCCAUCUUUCACAUUUCCAGUUUAGAGGUUCUUCUCCUCAGCUCCAACCAGCUGACCGGUUUGAUACCGGCGAACUUGGGAAACGCAACCAUGCUCAACAAAUUAUCCCUCGACAAUAAUCGCUUCACUGGGUCUUUGCCUGAUAGCGUUGAUGAUCUUGCUAACCUCGCUUAUUUAGAUGUUCAUAGAGCUGGUGUAGAAGGUAGAAUUCCUUUGGGUUCUAAUGGUUGCAAAGAUUUGAUCUAUUUAGAUUUGUCUUUCAACAACUUCGCCCGUCUUCCACCUGAGUUGGGAAACUGUAGCAACCUGGAACAAUUCUCAGUUGUGAAAUGCCGGUUAACCGGUGAAAUCCCCUCUUCUUUUGGUCAACUCACCAAAUUGACUCUCCUUUACCUAUCUAUCAAUGAAUUGUCAGGAAGGAUUCCAACUGAGCUUGCCAAUUGUUCAUCGUUGGUUGAUCUUCAACUGGAUCAAAAUCAACUCGAGGGUAGUAUUCCAAGUGAGCUUGGUAUACUGAAGCUGAAAUCCCUUUACUUGUUUGCAAAUCGUUUAACAGGUGAGGUUCCAAUGAGUAUUUGGAAAAUCGAAACCCUAGAACACCUUCUUAUCUACGAAAAUCAUCUUUUUGGUGAACUACCCAUUGAAGUCGCCCAGAUGAAGCAAUUGAAAGAGUUUACUCUGUAUACUAAUAAUUUCUCCGGUGUCAUACCUCAAAGUUUAGGAAUGAACAGCGAUCUUGUCAUACUUGAUUUCCUCGACAACUUCUUCACCGGACCAAUCCCACCUAAUCUUUGCUUCAGAAAGAAACUUGAGCGACUGGUUUUAGGGUUCAAUAAUUUCGAGGGUGGUAUCCCUUCCGACCUUGGAAACUGCCCAAAUCUUCUACGAUUGAGAUUAGAGAACAGUAAUCUCACCGGAGUUCUUCCAGAAUUUGUGAAUAAUCCAACCCUAGAUUACAUGAACCUUGAAAACAACAAUUUCACCGGUGAAAUCCCAGCUAGCAUCGGUAAUCUUACGAAUAUAUCACAAAUUAUCCUCUCCAUGAAUAGGUUUUCAGGUGUUUUACCUAAGGAGCUUGGAAACCUCGUUCAUCUUCAAGCACUGAACCUUUCCCACAAUGCAUUCGGAGGUCCUUUACCAUCUCAAUUAGCAAAUUGCAAGAAAUUUUUGGAAUUUGAUGGAAGUGAUAACGAGUUCAAUGGCUCAAUUCCAUCUGCUUUUCAGAGCAUGUCAGGGCUAAUGAGACUGUAUUUAAGUGACAAUCAAUUUUCCGGGAACAUCCCUGAUUUCAUAUCUGAAUUCCAGGCUCUGAUAGAUCUUCAACUUGAUGGAAACUCAUUAGAUGGAACAAUACCUUCUUCAAUAGUAGAGCUCAAGUCACUCAACACAUUAAACAUCAGCAGAAACCAUGUCACAGGUCAAAUACCAUCACCAUUAAUGAAAUUUCUCAAUUCCUCUUUGGAUUCCUUCUUAGGGAAUCCAGAUCUUUGUGUCGAUUGUGGCUCAAACUGUGAUCCUUUCAGAAACUUCAAGCUGUGUCCUGGUUCUUCAAGCAAACAGAAAGGUCUUAGCAAGUUCCACACUGCAAUGGUGGCCCUUGCAACAUCUGCAUUUCUGUUUGCAGUAGUUAUUGGAGUUGGUUUCGUGCUUCAAUGUCGACAAAGAGAAAAACACGAUAUAGAAGAGGUGUAUCCUGAUAAAGUAGACGAUGAUGUUCUUUUUCAAAGAGUAAUGCAAGCUACUGAAGACUUGAAUGAUAAGUACAUAAUCGGGAGAGGAGCCCAUGGAACUGUUUACAAAGCUUCACUAGGUCAAAACGGGGUUUUUGCAGUAAAGAAGCUAAUGUUUGGAGCUAGUAAAGAAGGAAGCACAAGCAUGUUUAGAGAGAUUGAAACAGUUGGAAAAGUCAGACACAGGAAUCUUGUGAGAUUGGAAGAUUUUUGGAUGAAAAAGAACUACGGGUUGAUUUUAUACAGGUAUAUGCAUAAUGGUAGUCUUCAUGAUAUACUACACGAGGUACAUCCACCUCCAUUGUUGGAUUGGAGCAUUCGUUGUAACAUAGCUCUUGGAACUGCUCAUGGUUUAGCAUAUCUCCAUUUUGACUGUGAUCCUGCUAUCGUGCACCGAGAUAUUAAGCCCAUGAACAUUCUUCUAGAUGAUGAAUUGGAGCCUCACAUCUCAGAUUUUGGAAUUGCCAAGCUUCUCGAUCAAUCGUCUCCAGCAUUAAUGAGUGGCGUACUCCGUGGCACAAUCGGAUACAUUGCUCCAGAAAAUGCAUUUACAAACACGAAAAGCAUGGAGUCUGAUGUGUACAGUUAUGGCGUUGUGUUGCUGGAGUUGAUAACGAGGAAGAAAGCGGUUGAUGAUUCGUUUGCAGAUGGGUUGGAUAUUGUGAGAUGGGUGAGGUCUGUUUGGAGUGAAAAGGUGGAACUGGAGGUGGUUGUGGAUUCAGGGCUUUAUGAUGAUCUGUAUGAUUCUUUUGUAAGGGAACAAGUGACUGAAGUGCUUCAGCUUGCUUUGAGGCGUACAGAAACGGAACCAAACAGAAGACCAUCAAUGAGAGAGGUAGUCAAGGAGCUUGAAGAUGUGUACGGAUCUCUCAGAAGCAAGCUCAAGUAGCUUUACUUUAGCUUUUUCAAAUAUACAUACAUACAUACAUAUAACAUAUGUAUGUAUGUAUUUAUGUAUAUAUGAGCGAGUUUGGUUUUGUAGACUUUCAGGAAUAGGUAUAAUGAAGCACAUUUAGGGAUUUGCUUUAUGCUUCAUAAUCAUGUGAAAGAAAACAAAACAGCAAUAGGAAAAGGUAAAAUGAUUGUAAUUGUAAAGUGGCUCUUAAUUGAUUGAUUAAAAGAUGCAAUCCAUGAUUUGUAAUAGAAGAAAGAGGAAGACUUGAUCAAAGUGGUUACCUGAUUAACGAUUAGACAUUUAACAACAGUGAUCAAAGUGGUGGUUUGAUUGAUUUGAUAAAGAUCUGUAUCUUCUUCAUCAUUAAAAGUGUU